GCAACAAUCGAACAAAUUACCUGUUGGCGGCGCUGUGAUGGAUGCCCAGAACGAGCCACAAGGGUCUCCACCGGAAGCAGGCUCAAAGCGUACGAAAACAGGUGCAUUUCACAAGUUUUGGCAUGGCAUGCUCACCCAGAAGUACCUCGAGCACGACAACCAACCAGCCGAAGUGCUGCGUGGGCUGUACAUUGGCUCCGUUGGGGCCGGUGCAAACUGGGCCGCACUAUCUGAAUUGGGAAUCACGCACAUCUUGGUCGUGUCCGAAACAGUUCAACCCGCCUUCGAGUCGAGUCGUCGUUUUGAGUACUUUCGCGUGAGCAUCGGCGACGUGUGCUCUGCCCGAAUCGUCAACUUCUUCGACGACUCAAAUGCGUUCAUUGCUCGGGGUUUAGUGGGGGGGAAAGUGCUGGUGCAUUGCUUUGCAGGAAAAUCGCGGUCAGCGACACUCGUCAUAGCUUACCUUAUAGCCACACAUCACAUGUCGUACGAAUCUGCCUUGGCACUAGUCCGCCAAGUUAGGCCACAAGCCCAGCCCAAUGAGGGGUUUGCCGUCCAGCUCAACAUGUACUACGGGAGACAACACAUUGCGUCGUCUCUUGAAGCGAAUACCCUCACAUAGAUUAAUAACACACGAUCAAUGACCUUGCAUAUUCUCCUCC